GUAACCUUCUCUCUAUAGAUCUUGGCAGCGUUGCAUGCAUUGGUUUAUGCGUUGCAUAAUGUCGCAUGCAGUGUGCAGCAGCCAUAGUGGUCAGGAAUGAAUGUAAACUAACGUGUCGAUUACUGACUGUUUUAUAUAUAUAAGUACUUAAACGUGCAAUUUUUAAGAGAAAAUAAAAUAUGCCGAAAGUAAGACGAAGCAAAAAACCGCCACCAGAUGGUUGGGAACUUAUUGAACCAACUCUAGAAGAAUUGGAGCAAAAAAUGCGCGAAGCCGAAACCGAGCCUCACGAAGGCAAAAGGAAGCAAGAAUCUUUAUGGCCGAUAUUUAAAAUUCACCAUCAGAAAUCUCGUUAUAUAUACGAUUUAUUUUAUAGGAGAAAAGCCAUCAGUCGCGAAUUGUAUGAUUAUUGUCUGAAUGAAAAUAUUGCAGAUAGAAAUUUGAUUGCCAAGUGGAAGAAAGUCGGCUAUGAAAACUUGUGUUGUUUACGAUGUAUUCAGACGAGAGACACGAAUUUCGGUACAAAUUGCAUCUGCAGAGUACCAAAAGGCAAGCUUGAAGAAGGCCGAAUAGUAGAAUGCAUACAUUGUGGUUGCAGAGGAUGUUCAGGUUGAACACGGCACUUUUGUACUCAAUAUUCACUCGCAGCGUGUCAGCAUUUUUCCGAAAGGCAGAGAUCACGAUAUCGGUACCAAAACGCAUUCUCGGCAAAUGCAUCAGUUUCUCCUCUCCAUCCAUAAAGAUUUUACCUCGAGGUGUGAUCAUCAAUGACGCUGCUCUUUUUAAAGUAUCAUGAUUACCUUGCGGAUUGCAAACUAACGCAAUACCUUCAUU